AUGGCAUCCGAACGACUGAACGUCAUUGCUCUCAUAUCGGGGGGCAAAGACAGCUUCUUCUCAGCCUUGCACUGCAUCGCAAACGGCCACAAAAUCAUCGCUCUGGCGAACCUGCAGCCGUCUGUAGACGAACAAGCCCCACCGGAGCAUGAGGUUUCAUCCAACGGCACUCGUAUCGUUAAACCUGAUACGCUGCUAUCAGGGAGCCAGGAUGCAGUUGACACCAGCCAUGACGAACAGGACCUUGCUACCGACGACGAGGACCUUAACAGUUUCAUGUAUCAGACUGUAGGCCACCAGAUCAUUCCUCUGUACGCCAAAGCCACGGGGCUCCCUCUCUACUGCCAGCCUAUAGCCGGUGGAGCGAAGUACGAGGGUCGCGACUAUGAUGCCUGUCAGGCUGCCGACGACGAAACGGAGAGCAUGGUACCUCUUCUACGCACCAUAAUCGACCGGCAUCCUGAAGCCAAUGCGCUCUGCGCCGGAGCUAUACUGUCAACCUACCAGCGUACCCGCGUGGAAUCUGUGGCCUUGCGUCUCGGCCUCACCCCAGUCGCCUAUCUGUGGAAGUACCCGGUGCUGCCUCCAGCAGUAAGCGGCCUUCCUUCGGAUGACGCCCAGUUGCUGUUGGACAUGGAAGUGGCCGGUCUUGACGCGCGAAUCAUCAAAGUUGCUAGUGCAGGUCUGGAUGAAGACUUUUUGUGGGAGAGGGUAACCUGUGCGGCUGGCGUGUCGAAGAUCAAACGAGGCCUGAGAAAAUUCGGUAUCUCCGAAGGCUCAGUUCUUGGCGAGGGAGGCGAGUUUGAAACUCUGGUCGUCGACGGGCCGACCACUUUGUUCCAAAAGAGAAUUGUCGUGCCAGACCAAGCUCGAAAACUUGUGAGGGAGGGAGGGGGACGUUUCGAUCCCAGGUUCGACUACGUCUCAGAAGCUAUCUCAGAGACGCCUGGGUCCGUGUCGAACGAGUCGAAACCCAGCCAGCGACAUAGCAAGACUCUUCAGUUGAGCGACUCGCCGACGUUGUCGUCCGAGAUUUCUUGGACUGUGCACUCGGAAGGGCUGAGUCCCCAGUCUACCAUCGAGGCUGAGACGCAUGACUUGGUCGACAAGAUCAAGACUCUCCUCACCAACUCAUCGCUGUCCACCACUGCCAUCACAAACACCAUCAUCGUUCUCCGCCGCAUGUCCGAUUUCCCUGCCAUCAAUAGCAUUUAUGGGGCAUUAUUCAGCCACCCUAACCCCCCUUCUAGGAUCACCAUCUCUUCCGGCGACCUCCUCCCCGAUGACUGCAACAUUGUCAUCCAUCUGUCGGUGCAGCCCUCUCUUGGUCUCCGCGACCGAAAGGGGCUUCAUGUCCAGUCAAGAUCUUACUGGGCGCCGGCAAAUAUUGGCCCCUACAGCCAAGCUAUCGACGUGCCCCUAGUCGGGCCCGCCUCGUCCUCCUCAGACCUUACCACGACAAGGUCUAUCUUUAUUGCUGGUCAGAUCCCUCUCUGGCCUGCCUUGAUGGCCAUCCCUGUCGAAGCCGACAUCUCGGCUCAAAUCACAAUGUCCCUACAGCACCUUUGGCGCAUCGCAGCCGACCAACAUGUUCAGUUCUGGUCCAGUGCUAUUGCUUACUUCCCACGCACGCACGACAUGGGUGGCAUGCGGACCAAAGCCCGUCUUGCCGCCGAAGCGUGGCGGGCAGCCCAUUUGUACGCUACGGAUGGAGACGAGGAAACUGGGCCUGACCCGUGGGACCGCAAAUAUAACCCUGCAUUCAUGACAUUCGGCGAUGCCACUGGCGACAGCGUUUCGACUCUUCCGGAUUCAGACGUCAUGAAAGUGUCCCUCGAGGAAGACGGCGACGACAAACCCUUCAUCCCGCCAUUCUUUGCGGCGGAGGUUGAAGAGCUUCCACGUCAGUCAGGGGUGGAAUGGCACGCACACCUCGGUCUCGCCGGCGUUCCCUCGUCUUCGGUCGAACAUGCCAGUCACAUGGAAGAACCAUGCGAAGGACGACCUUUCACGUCCCGCACAUCACAUCUCGUUGUAGCCGGUAUGUUAGUUCGCAGUACCGUGUCGAUCGAGUCCCGGGAUGGUAUCGAGAUCAGUCUCGUCGACAUCCUUCAGGAGGCCAAGCGUGCAAAUUCAACAUCUCUCCCAGAACGCUCUGCCAGGGAGCCAUAUCUCAUCUACAUCGACACCUCGAAAUGUGGCAUCGCCGUGUCAGCAUCAGGGGCCAGCAAAGAAGAGGCCACCGCAUCUGCCAUAGUGCCCUGUCACUCUCUCUGGUCCUCGGCGGGUGAAAAGCUCGCGGCUGUGGUAUUGUUCCGAGGCUGA